AUGGCUGUUGCAGCCGGCGUCAAAGCAGCUCCAGCGCCGGGGUUAGCGCGGGCUUGGGUUCUGGGAUCGAGGGGCAGCCUGGGAGCAAAAUGGGGGGCUGGAGAGGGAACCACAGCUCCCGGCAGCCUCUGGGCUGGGUGGGAGCGCCCCGAGGGCUGUCGGGAGCUGUGGUUCCGCGGCAGGGCGGGGGGGGCGGUGCCGUCUCAGCGCGUGUCCCGCCCCACGCAGGACUCGGACGGGGAGCGCGAGGACUCGCCGGCCGCGCGGGCCCGGCAGCAGCUGGAGGCGCUGCUCAACAAGACGAUGCGCAUUCGCAUGACAGAUGGACGGACCCUGGUCGGCUGCUUCCUCUGCACCGACCGCGACUGCAAUGUUAUCCUGGGCUCGGCGCAGGAGUUCCUCAAGCCGUCGGACUCCUUCUCUGCGGGGGAGCCCCGUGUACUGGGCCUCGCCAUGGUACCCGGCCACCACAUCGUUUCUAUUGAAGUGCAGCGGGAGAGCCUGGCGGGGCCUCCCUAUCUCUGACCGCGGCCACGCGUGCUCGGCAGACCAUUAAACCUGCAACGAAG